UUGGCGUGAUUUCCGUUGCUACUUCCCGCGAACAGAACCGUUUCAAUUUAGCAAACUAGCUGUGAAGCAUUCACAAAUAAAACCGUAAAUGUUAAGUCUUUUUACUUGGGUACAUGUUAACUUAACUUCAGCUCGAGAAUAACAUCGGUUUUCAGGUAACUGGUAAUUUACAGUUCUAUCUCCCCGGUGUCCGAAGUGGAUGCUAACGUUAGCUAGCUCGUCUACAUUAGCAAUUUGUUUCAAACUAUCGCUAUUUUUCCUGAAAGAAAAAUGUCUACGGAGCAGCGGAUAAGCUGGAUACUGACAGGCGCUACCGUCGCUUGUGUCGCCGCUCUGUAUGUGCCCUGUGUGCAGAGGACUGUUCCCGGAGGAGACUCGGGAGAGCUGAUCACCACUGCUUGUGAGCUGGGGGUGGCCCAUCCUCCAGGAUACCCUGUCUUUACCCUACUAGCUCGCCUGGCUAUGUGUCUUCUGCCCUCACUCUCUCCAGCCCACAGUGUCAACCUGAUGAGCAGCCUGCUGGGGGCUGCAGCUUGUGGUGCCCUCUGCAUUACUGUCUGCAGGUUGGCAGGCCCUGGCCCUGGAGCUGUGCUGGCCGGAGGGCUGUUUGCGGUGUCCAGGCUGACCUGGCAGUGGUCUGUGGUGGCAGAGGUCUUUGCCCUUAACAACCUUUUUGUCGGUCUGCUCUUCUUCCUGACUGCCAGCUUUCACUGUGCUGAAAACGCCACCCAGAGGAGGAAGAUUGCACGCUGGGGAGCACUGUGCUGCGGCUUUGGCCUCUGUAACCAACACACCCUGGUGUUGUAUGUACUGGUCAUCAUUCCCUGGGUCCUUUACCGACUUUUCUCUCUCAGGGAGCUGUCUUUGUCUGGCCUCGUGUCUCUGGGAGUGUGUUUCCUCACUGGCUUUCUGCCGUAUAUCUACCUGCCCAUCUCCUCCUACCUCAACACAGCGCGCUGGAGCUGGGGGGAUCAGACCACCCUAUCAGGCCUGCUGACCCACCUACUGAGGGCUGAAUAUGGCACCUUCAGUCUGGCAAAGACGGAGGGUUCUGUAAACCUGACCGCAAUGCUAAAGGCCCAGUUGGACCACUGCCUGGAAGACCUCUCCCUCUCUGUUCUGGUGCUGGCAGGGCUAGGCCUUCUCCUCUCCUCAUGGGACAGGAUGUGUCGCUCUGUGUCCUGGCUGUUGACUGCCAUGCUGGUGGUCUACUCACUGUUUUUUGCUUGGAGAGCCAACUUGGACAUCAGCAGACCCCUACUGCUCGGAGUGGUUGAGCGUUUCUGGCUCCAGAGUGAUGCUGCAGUGUGUGUGCUGGCAGGCCUCGGCUUGAGCCGGUCACACACUGAGCUGGAGAGGAGGCUGGGCCGUGGGGGGGUGUGGAAGACCACAGGCUGGGUCCUCACUAUGGCUCUGCUGGCACAUAUGGUGCACACCAAUCACAGGGAGUGCGAUCAUAGCGCGAACAGUGUGGUUGAGAGGUUCGGCAGGGAGCUUCUGGCCUCCGUCCCAUCAGACUCAAUCAUCCUGACCAGAGGAGAUCUGCCUGGAAACUCUCUGCGAUACGUUUACUACUGCCAGGGAGUACGGCCCGACGUACGCCUGGUCGACCAGGAGAUGAUGACAUACCCUUGGUAUGUGGCCAAGCUGGCGGAACACCAGCCCGGGGUGCACUUCCCAGGCCGCUGGUGGGACCCGGUCCACCCCGAGGAGAAAGACACCUUCAGUCUGGAGCAGUUUCUGUCGCACAACAUGCAGAGGCAUGUGUUUGCCUGCAUUGGGCUGCCUGAUGGAGACCCAAGCUGGCAACAUAGUUUCUCUCGCUGGCCAAUGGGUGCGUGCGACUACUUGGUACCAGUUCAGAGGCAGUUUCACCCUGAGAGGUGGGCCCAACGAACUCGCAACCUCUACAACUGGAGUGAGCCACACGACAGUUUCCAUCCUGCGUCCUGGGAGCGCGUCGCUAAUGAGGAGAUGUGGCAAGCCAGGAUGAAGACGGCUUUCUUUCUGUUUGACCUGGCAGAAAGGAUGCAGGGAGAGGGGAAAGCUCGCCUCUUUGAGCUGUCUUACACUCUGUAUAAGGAGAUUGUAGAGGCCCACUCAAACUACCCUCCAAACUGGGACAAGAACUUGGCACUGGCCUGCGAAAGGCUGCUACGCUCAGGUCAUCGGGGCUACAGUGCAGACAGCCUGCUGACCUGCAGCACUCAGCACUUUAGUCUCUACUUAGAGAAGGAACCCACAGAUCCCCAGGCCCCUGCCAUACGCUCGGCCAUUACUGACUUGCUCAGAGAGAGAGACGAGCGCCGCCAGAACCGGAGGCAAACCCCAUGACGAGCUCCAAAGAGACCCACAUGGAGCUGGCACACUGAGAGUGUGCUGCGAGCCCAGUCGAAGUGCAAGGCACUGGGGACGAAGUCUGAGCCAAUGUGCCUCUUCUCAUUGUUUAAAGGUGGUUCUCCAGAAGGAGGGAACAAUGUUUAGUUGGCCAAAAUGGACUUCUGAAAUGGGAGUUAAGAGGAAUGCUGUUGCAGAAGUACUGGGACGUAAUUAUCAAACAGAAUUCUGCACAAAGGACAGAGCGCUACCACUCAGCAAGGCUUUAUUGGAUGAACGUUUACAGUUGACCAGGGACAGAGCUGGACUUCAUGAAGCCUUGACUGACCCCAAUCAAACUGUGCGUGCUCCCCUUAAAAUCGCCAAUUCGAUUGCUUUAUCAUUACAUCUCGUUCUUUUUUCCUCUCCUCUUCUGCUCUCACAGCUUUUAACGUGCUGAUUAUUUUGCCUCGGCCAUUGCUCUACUUCUCUUUUUCUCACAUUAGGAUGGCAAGGCCGAGAUUGAGGGAAAACCAAUUUGGGGGCAGAAAUGGGGGAUUAGAGCGGCUGUUUAAUCUAGGACAGACUUGUGCUGUGCCACACAGUCCUCACUCCGCAUAACCAGCACUACCCACCCACCCCUCUAUCCUUCCAUCAGUCUAUCUUCGAUGGUCCUUUAAAUGUUUAAAACUAAUGGAUUCGAUGAGUGUUUUUCCCCCCUCUCUUCCUUCCUAACAGGAGGGCUAUAAUCCCUCAUGGAUUUAAAUGAAAUGUGAAAUGUCACAAUGCCAGGGACCCUUUUAGAGGUGCGCUUCUGUGUGCAUGUGUGUUGAUUUUUGUUAGCAUGUCGACGUGUGUGUGUGUGCGUGUACGUG